AUGUCCCAGCACCUGCUCCUUCCAUUUGUGAUCCUUGCCAUCAGCCCCAUCCCAGGAGCUCUCCAGGACUCAGCUUGCAUUUGCUCUCUGGUUCGACCUGCAGACCCCCUGCCUCUCCCGUGGGCGCUACAAGAAGUGGAGCUCAGGUUGCUGGGAGAGGCCGCCUGUCAGUGUCUCUAUAGCCGGCCUGGCCCAUUCAACCUCACUUUCCAGCUAUUGCCAGGGAUGCUGUGUGCUGGCUACCCGGAGGGCCGCAGAGACACUUGCCAGGGAGACUCUGGGGGCCCCCUGGUCUGUGAGGAAGGCGGCCAAUGGUUCCAGGCAGGAAUCACCAGCUUUGGCUUUGGCUGUGGACGGAGGAACCGCCCUGGAGUCUUCACUGCUGUGGCCCCCUAUGAGGCAUGGAUACGGGAACAGGUGAUGGGCUCAGAACCUGGGCCUGCCUUUCCCACCCAGUCCUGGGAGCCCCAGCCAGGUCCCUGGGAGCCCACGGAUGAGAACUGCACCAUUGCCCUGCCAGAGUGCGGGAAGGCACCAAGGCCAGGAACCUGGCCCUGGGAGGCACGGGUGAUGGUGCCAGGAUCCAGACCCUGCCAUGGGGCGCUGGUGUCUGAAAGCUGGGUCUUGGCACCUGCCAGCUGCUUUCUGGACCCCAUCAACUCAGACCUGCCCCGAGACCUAGACAACUGGCGCGUGCUACUGCCCUCGCGUCCGCGCGCAGAGCUGGUGGCACGCUUCAUGCCGCACGAGAAUGCCUCAUGGGACGACACCUCGGAUCUGGCGCUGCUGCAGCUGCAAACGCCGGUGAACCUGAGCACCGCCUUGAGGCCAGUGUGCCUACCUCACCCAGAACACUAUUUCCUGCCCAGGAGCCGCUGCCGCCUGGCGCGCUGGGGCCGCGGGGAACCUGAGCCCGGACCCAGCACACUGCUUGAGGCGGAGCUGUUGGGCGGCUGGUGGUGUCACUGCCUGUAUGGCCGCCAGGGGGAGUCAGUGCCGCCGCCAGGAGACCCUCCACACGCGCUCUGCCCCGCCUACCAGGAAGAGGAGGAGGCGGGCCGCUGCUGGAACUACUCUCAUUGGAGCCUUCUGUGCCAGGAAGAGGGGACCUGGUUCCUGGCUGGAAUCAGCGACUUCUCCAGGGGCUGCCUACGUCCCAGAGCCUUCUACCCCCUGCAGACCCAUGGCCCAUGGAUCAGCCAUGUGACUCGGGGAGCCUACCUGGAAGACCAGCUGACUUGGGACUGGGGCCCUGAGGGGGAGGAGACUGAGACACAGGCUUGUCCCCCUCACACAGAACAUGGUGCCUGUGGCCUGCGGCCAGAGCCAGCUGUGAUGGGUAUCCUGUGGCCCUGGCUGGCAGAAGUGCAUGUGGCUGGAAAUCAAGUCUGCGCUGGGAUCCUAGUGGCCCCAGGCUGGGUCGUGGCAGCCACUCACUGUGUCCUCAGGCCGGGCUUUACAACAGUGCCUUAUAUUGAAGUGUACCUGGGCCGGGCAGGGGCUAGCCCCCUCCCACAGGGCCACCAGGUAUCCCGGUUGGUCAUCAGCAUCCGUCUGCCCCGACACCUGGGACUUAGGCCCCCCCUUGCCCUCCUGGAGCUGAGCUCCCGGGUGGAACCUUCGCCAUCAGCCUUGCCCAUCUGCCUUCACCCAGGGGGUAUCCCCCUGGGGGCCAGCUGUUGGGUGCUGGGCUGGAAGGACCCCCGAGACCGAGUUCCUGUGGCUGCAGCUGUCUCCAUCUUGACGCCACGACUCUGUCACUGUCUCUAUCAAGGCAUUCUGCCUCCUGGGACUCUCUGUGUUCUGUAUUCAGAGGGUCAAGAGGAUAGGUGUGAGGUGACCUCAGCACCUCCGCUCCUGUGCCAGACCGAGGGAGGCUCCUGGGUCCUCAUGGGCAUGGCUGUUCGAGGGAGCCAGGAGCUAUUUGCUGCCAUUGGCCCUGAAGAAGCCUGGAUCGCCCAGACAGUAGGGGAGGCCCAUUUCCUGCCUCCCAAUGGCUACCCCCACUGGCCCCCUGAAGGCAGCGACCUCUGCCCCGCCGACCUGGCAAGGGCCUCAGGCUCCCCUCAGGCUGCUCUGCUCCUGCUGCUACUAUUGCUCCCCCUGAUCCAGGGCUGA